AAAGGGGAAAAAAUAGAAUCCCUCCAGUACUAACCUUACCUUUUUACCUUACCAGAUAUCCAUAGUUGACGCCAAAAGAAAAGAAGAAAAAGAGAGAAGAAGGCUUUAUUAACAGCGCGAAAGUAUGUAUUUCCCUUUUUCAUUUUGAGUGAUUUAAUUAAACGGUUGAGGAGCCGAGAAUCUGCAAAAGCUUCCUCUCAUACGCAACAACAAGGACGCCUUUUUCCACUUGGAUCGAACGGCCGUGUCGUUUAUUUUAAUUGAGUGCUUAUGUCGGAGCCAUCUUCGUCUUUAUCGUCUUCCAAGGACGAGCUGUUUCAGCUCAUCAAGCGUCUUGGAACUUAUCUCGCCCUCAAGAUGUCAAAUCUUUUCUCGAUCUCUCUCCAAAAACUGGAUCCGCGAUCUGUUGGGGCUAUUGCAGGGCUUGCUGUUGCAAUUAUCUUUACCUAUAGGUUGAUGAGAUCACCUGCAGCACCCCCAAGAAGGCAACCAAAACGUCAAGCUCCAACAACUAGUGGCUCUUCUAUCAGUGCCCAAUCAAAUGCAACAUUGAUGCCUUCUGGAGCCUGUUCACCUUCAGAGGAUUUAAGAGCACAAAAUGUUGUUGAUGAGUUCUUCCAGCCAGUAAAGCCAACAUUGGGGCAAAUAGUUAGGCAGAAACUGAGUGAAGGUAGAAAGGUAACAUGCCGUUUGCUUGGAGUAAUCCUUGAGGAAAGCAGUCCAGAGGAGCUGCAGAAACAAGCAACAGUGAAGUCCUCAGUGUUGGAUGUGCUAUUGGAGAUUACCAAAUAUUGCGAUCUUUAUCUCAUGGAGAGAGUUAUUGAUGAUGAAAGCGAAAAAAUUGUUCUUCUGGCCUUGGAAAAUGCUGGAAUUUUCACCUCCGGUGGUUUGGUAAAGGACAAGGUUCUCUUUUGCAGCACAGAAAAUGGGCGUACAUCUUUUGUUCGGCAACUAGAACCAGAUUGGCAUAUUGACACAAAUCCUGAAAUAGUUUCUCAGUUAGCUAGGUUCAUCAAAUAUCAACUUCACGUUUCUCCUACCAGGCCUGAAAGGACUGCGCCUAAUGUCUUCAGUUGUCCAUCCUUGGAACACUUCUUUGGAUGCGUUUGACGCGUGAUCCGGUAAAAAGAUGCAAAUAUGUUUAAAAGUUGUUCUUUACUACCCUUUGGUCAUUAUGUGCGACCCUUUACAUUUUCUUUCUUUAGGCACCUUUGUGCUGAUAUGUCAGUUUUUUAGGAUAAUGGAGAAGUUAUUUGUUUGAAAUCUGUGUAGGGUUCACAUUUGAACUUUUUUGGAACCGGAGAAACUCCAUGCAGCAAUUAAUGUUUGUAAUCUUGAUAGUGGAAGGAUAUGCAAUGCAAUCAUAAAGAAUUAUUUUGAUGCUUCA